GCCCCGCGGCGCCGCGGCCCGAGGCCCCGGGAAGCGCAGCCAUGGCCCUGCGGAGGCUGGGGGCCGCGCUGCUGCUGCUGCCGCUGCUCGCCGCCGUGGAAGAAACCCUGAUGGACUCCACCACAGCGACGGCUGAGCUGGGAUGGAUGGUGCACCCUCCGUCAGGGUGGGAAGAAGUGAGCGGCUACGACGAGAACAUGAACACCAUCCGCACCUACCAGGUGUGCAACGUGUUUGAGUCGAGCCAGAACAACUGGCUGCGGACCAAGUUCAUCCGGCGCCGCGGCGCCCACCGUAUCCACGUGGAGAUGAAGUUCUCGGUGCGUGACUGCAGCAGCAUCCCCAGCGUGCCCGGCUCCUGCAAGGAGACCUUCAACCUCUACUACUACGAGGCCGACUUCGACUCGGCCACCAAGACCUUCCCCAACUGGAUGGAGAACCCGUGGGUGAAGGUGGACACCAUUGCCGCCGACGAGAGCUUCUCGCAGGUGGACCUGGGCGGCCGGGUCAUGAAAAUCAACACGGAGGUGCGGAGCUUCGGGCCCGUGUCCCGCGCUGGCUUCUACCUGGCCUUCCAGGACUACGGCGGCUGCAUGUCCCUCAUCGCCGUGCGCGUCUUCUACCGCAAGUGCCCCCGUGUCAUCCAGAACGGCGCCGUCUUCCAGGAGACACUGUCGGGGGCCGAGAGCACGUCCCUGGUGGCCGCCCGGGGCAGCUGCAUUGCCAACGCCGAGGAGGUGGACGUGCCCAUCAAGCUGUACUGUAACGGGGACGGCGAGUGGCUGGUGCCCAUCGGACGCUGCAUGUGCAAGGCGGGCUUCGAGGCCGUGGAGAACGGCACCGUCUGCCGAGCCUGCCCAUCCGGAACCUUCAAGGCCAACCAAGGGGACGAGGCCUGCACCCACUGCCCCAUCAACAGCCGGACCACUUCAGAAGGGGCCACCAACUGCGUCUGCCGCAACGGCUACUACAGAGCCGACCUGGACCCCUUGGACAUGCCCUGCACGACCAUCCCCUCGGCCCCGCAGGCAGUCAUCUCCAGCGUCAACGAGACCUCGCUCAUGCUGGAGUGGACUCCGCCACGCGACUCCGGCGGCCGUGAGGACCUCGUGUACAACAUCAUCUGCAAGAGCUGCGGCUCGGGCCGGGGCGCCUGCACCCGCUGCGGGGACAACGUGCAGUACGCGCCGCGCCAGCUCGGCCUCACCGAGCCGCGCAUCUACAUCAGCGACCUGCUGGCCCACACCCAGUACACCUUCGAGAUCCAGGCCGUGAACGGCGUCACCGACCAGAGCCCCUUCUCCCCGCAGUUUGCUUCGGUGAACAUCACCACGAACCAAGCAGCUCCAUCAGCCGUCUCCAUCAUGCACCAGGUGAGCCGCACCGUGGACAGUAUCACCUUGUCGUGGUCCCAGCCGGACCAACCCAAUGGCGUGAUCCUGGACUAUGAGCUGCAGUACUAUGAGAAGGAGCUCAGUGAGUUCAACGCCACAGCCAUAAAAAGCCCCACCAACACGGUCACUGUGCAAGGCCUCAAAGCCGGCGCCAUCUAUGUCUUCCAGGUGCGGGCUCGCACCGUGGCAGGCUACGGGCGCUACAGCGGCAAGAUGUACUUCCAGACCAUGACGGAAGCUGAGUACCAGACGAGCAUCCAGGAGAAGCUGCCCCUCAUCAUCGGCUCCUCGGCCGCCGGCCUGGUCUUCCUCAUUGCUGUGGUUGUCAUAGCCAUCGUGUGCAACAGAAGACGGGGGUUUGAACGCGCUGACUCGGAGUACACGGACAAGCUGCAGCACUACACCAGCGGCCACAUGACCCCAGGCAUGAAGAUCUACAUCGACCCUUUCACUUACGAGGACCCCAACGAGGCAGUGCGGGAAUUCGCCAAGGAAAUCGACAUCUCCUGUGUCAAAAUUGAGCAAGUGAUCGGAGCAGGGGAAUUUGGCGAGGUCUGCAGUGGCCACCUGAAGCUGCCAGGCAAGAGAGAGAUCUUCGUGGCCAUCAAGACGCUCAAGUCCGGCUACACGGAGAAGCAGCGGCGGGACUUCCUGAGCGAGGCCUCCAUCAUGGGCCAGUUCGACCACCCCAACGUCAUCCACCUAGAGGGCGUCGUCACCAAGAGCACACCCGUGAUGAUCAUCACUGAGUUCAUGGAGAACGGCUCGCUGGACUCCUUCCUCCGGCAAAACGACGGGCAGUUCACGGUCAUCCAGCUGGUGGGCAUGCUGCGGGGCAUCGCGGCCGGCAUGAAGUACCUGGCCGACAUGAACUACGUGCACCGCGACCUGGCCGCCCGCAACAUCCUGGUCAACAGCAACCUGGUGUGCAAGGUCUCCGACUUCGGCCUCUCCCGCUUCCUGGAGGACGACACGUCCGACCCCACCUAUACCAGCGCCCUGGGUGGGAAGAUCCCGAUCCGCUGGACGGCCCCAGAAGCCAUUCAGUACCGGAAGUUCACCUCAGCCAGCGACGUGUGGAGCUACGGGAUCGUCAUGUGGGAGGUGAUGUCCUACGGGGAGCGGCCCUACUGGGACAUGACCAAUCAGGACGUGAUCAAUGCCAUCGAGCAGGACUACCGGCUGCCGCCGCCCAUGGACUGCCCGAGCGCCCUGCACCAGCUCAUGCUGGACUGCUGGCAGAAGGACCGCAACCACCGGCCCAAGUUCGGCCAGAUCGUCAACACGCUGGACAAGAUGAUCCGCAACCCCAACAGCCUCAAAGCCAUGGCGCCCCUCUCCUCCGGGAUCAACCUGCCGCUGCUGGACCGCACGGUCCCCGACUACAGCAGCUUUAACACGGUGGACGAGUGGCUGGAGGCCAUCAAGAUGGGGCAGUACAAGGAGAGCUUCGCCAACGCCGGCUUCACCUCCUUCGACGUCGUGUCGCAGAUGAUGAUGGAGGACAUUCUCCGGGUGGGGGUCACGCUUGCUGGCCACCAGAAAAAAAUCCUCAACAGCAUCCAGGUGAUGCGGGCCCAGAUGAACCAGAUUCAGUCUGUGGAGGUCUGACGGUCACCGCCUCGGCGCACCUGUUCCUCCAGGCCCUGCCCCCUCCGCCCCGCACGCCGCCGGCCCCCCUGGCGCUCCGUCCACUGCAGGGUCCGCCACCUGCCAGGAGGCCGCCGGCAACGGGAAGGACCAAGCAGCGCUGCAGCCACGAGACGUCCCCGAGAACACGCGCGACUCGGACGACGGAAAUAAGGGAAUCGGAAAAAAUAAAAUAAAAAGGAAAUAGGUCCUGGAGGGGCGGGACACGCAAGGACUAUUUUUCAAAGUGGAUUCUCAUCAGGAAAGCGAUGACCAUUCUUGGAGAAAGCGUACAAGGGCUUGGGGGGUGCACGCAGUCUGUCCAGCCAGAGACCAGCAGUUUCUCUCCGUCUCCCUGUGGGAAAGUGACCUGGUCAGAGCCGAGGGCACUUUCAGGAAUCAGAUGUGGACCGGGGAGCCGGGGUCACCGCCUCUCGUGUCCUGGGGCUGCUCACGACACAGCCAAGCACCAGGUCCCCGGGGGCAGGCGGACAGGCAGCCGCCCCGGGGCCUGCUCUGGAAAAAUCCAUUCCUGCUGCCACUGAGCAGAGACUUUUUCUGUCUUUGGAGAAUAUUCUAGAAACUCCAACGAGAGACUGUUUCUCCUGCUGGUUCCUGGGGCUGAAACAGGGGGCUUUGGUCCUCCCCGGGGUCGGGGAGAGCCCCGGGCACAGAGGGGGAAGGGCAGCUUUGCUGAAGACGCCCUCCACGCCAGGUCUGCAGCUCCACGGCCAGACCCCGUGCACAACCCGGCAGCCCCGGCGCCGCCGCCGCCGCAGCUGCCACCAGCCCCCAGCCAAGGCCUGCUGCUGCGGUCACUGCCGUCAGCUACGACUGCCACCAAGGAGGGUGGAUCCUGCGACUGGGUUUGUUGACAGCACCGCGUGGACU